AUGGCAGCGCAGACGGUCCUCGUCGUCGGGGCCACCGGCAACAUUGGUGUCGCGGCUGUCAAAGGAGCCUUGCAGGCAGGACGCAACGUCUUGGCCGUUGUGCGCAACCAGAAUUCCGCCGACAAGCUCAUCAAGCACGUGGGGACCUCCAAAGGUAUUACCUUUGUCGAGGCUGAUGUUGCUUCGGACUCGGGGAUUGCCAAUGUGGUGACCAAGGUCCGGGAGGGCAAGCUGCCAGCCUUCCAGCACUUGGCGGGGAUUGCCUACCGCGACACAAUCGAGUAUCUGCGUGAGCAGGAGAACAGCUCCUUCACCAUGUGCACUGGCUCCCAGGGCGACCUGGCCACACAUCCUUUGCCGGCCAUGACGCAGGGUGCACUGUUCUCCCUGUGCCUGGGCGCUGCUCGCGAGAACCUGGACAAGUCCGUCCGCGUCAACGAGGUGUACCUGGGGUUCCGCGUGGAAGUGGACGAGGACGCGGCGCAGCACGGUGUCGUGAGCUCGACAGAGUUUGGCGCUGUGUUCGAGCAGCUGCUGGACAGAUCCGAUAUUCGAAGCGCGCGUGUUCAAGUGACCACGCCAGAGGACAUGAGGGUCUUGAGGCACGCCAGGAGAUUUUAG